AUGUACAAGCACAAACAUCUCGCCCCGUCCAACACAUCCUUGUCCGACGACAACGACAACGACGGCGACAACGACGAUGACAACGUCGUGAUCAAGCUUGUGGCUCAUCCCGCCCACUGGGCAUCCCAAGGCGUGGUUUCUACCCUGCCCCCCGAGAUCCUCAUUCACAUUCUCAAACACCUGUCAUCGCCAAAGGAUUUAUACCACUCUCUGCGGGUAUCCAGAGCUUGGUGCGAGUGCGCCGUAGAACUUCUAUGGCACAAACCGUCAUUUUCCAAGUUCAGCACCCUAAAGUCCAUGAUCCACGUCUUAUCCCAAGCAGAGUCGAAACAGCGAUUCGCCUACGCCACGCUUAUCCGUAGACUAAACUUCCUCGCUCUUGCAUCGUCCCUCAAGGACGACUACUUCAAAAUAUUGGCCAAUUGUGUCCGACUUGAGCGUCUCACCCUUGUCAACUGUUCCGAACUCUCCUCGGUUGCACUCGCCGAGGUCCUCCCAUCAUGUCCGAACUUGGUCGCAGUUGACCUCACCAGCGUCGUCAAUACGACGGACGAAGCUAUCAAAGGCCUUGCGUUAUCGGCACGCAGACUGCAAGGCAUUAAUCUCGCCAACUGUAAAGACGUCACUGAUACCGCUAUCACGGCUCUUGCUGCAAACUGUCCCCUCCUCCGCCGCGUAAAGUUGAGCGGGGUUGAACUUAUCACCGACCAAUCGAUCUCUGCAUUGGCCAAAUCCUGCCCCCUGCUACUGGAAAUCGACUUGAACAAAUGCAAACUCGUCACGGACGUUUCCAUUCGGGACAUUUGGACAUAUUCGACGCAUAUGCGUGAAGUGCGCCUAUCACAUUGCACCGAAUUGACCGACGCGGCGUUCCCGGCCACUCUGCGAACUGACAUCAAUAAUUGCAACGUUCCUACACAUCCAUUCCCUCUAUCCAAACUAUCGGACGACGCGGAAUUACUUCCGCCUCUUAUCAUUACCCGCACAUUCGAACACCUACGGAUGCUUGAUCUUUCUGCCUGCGCAAACAUCACCGACGACGCUAUCGAGGGCAUCGUAUCCCAUGCCCCCAAGAUUCGCAAUCUCGUCCUAUCAAAGUGUGCCCUGCUCACCGAUAGGGCGGUCGAAACAAUCUGUCGCCUAGGUCGGCACCUACAUUACCUACAUAUGGGACAUGCAAUCGAUAUCACAGACCGAUCCGUCCGUACUCUUGCGAGAAGUUGCACGAGGUUGAGGUAUAUUGACUUCGCAAACUGUGUCCGUCUGACGGAUAUGUCCGUUUUCGAGCUCUCUGCUCUUCCGAAACUGCGCCGAGUCGGACUCGUCCGUGUCAAUAAUCUCACCGACGAGGCGGUGUAUUCACUCGCGGAACGUCACGCUACACUUGAGCGUAUCCACUUAUCCUACUGCGAUCGCAUUUCUGUCGGAGCGAUCCACUUCUUGCUGCAGAAGCUACACAAGUUAACUCAUCUCAGCCUCACCGGAGUGCCAGCUUUUAGACAACCAACACUCCAGCGAUUCUGUCGACCGCCACCUAAGGAUUUCAACAUAAGCCAGCAGGCCGCCUUCUGCGUCUACUCUGGCAAAGGCGUAUCUCAGCUGCGGGCAUUCCUUACUGAAUACUUUGACCGCAUGAACGAAAAUAACGGCACCGAUGACACGGAAUACGAAGACGACUAUGAUGGUGACGGCGAAGUCGACGGUGAUGCAGACCUUGAACACUCUCAAGACGAUGACAAUCUGGAACCUCAGGAUGAUGAAGAGGGCGACGAAGAAGUAGAAAGCACUCUCCGCGGGUCUCACACUACUUUCCCGCCCGCGCGAGUUGACCUUCGUGCAGCCGCUAUUCAAGCGGCGCAUCUCCCGCAUAGGAGGGUGCCAGAUACCACACACCUUAAUGCAGCGAUACCACAGAACCCCCAAGCCAUAUACCUCGACCCCCCACAGUACUAUAUGCAUCUUCGUGCCAUCGGCGCCAUCGAUGGCCCCGCCCCGAGCUCAAAUCGCCGUAUCUGGACUGACCUCCCAGUCGUUGAGCCACCUCAUUCUCCGGCCCCGAGCGAUGUAGCGUCAAACAGGAGUACACAUACGAAUACUAGUAACGGAGCUACCUUCUUCAGAACAUAUCAUUUGAAUCAGGGAAUCGGGCAGAGUCAUGUCAACUCGAGCGCGACGCUCGUUGGUCCCGGGGGCGAGAGCAUUUUGGCUGUGUCAAGGGGGAAUGGAGCUUUGACGCCAGAAUUGAAUUACGCGGAGAUCGGGCAUGGGAGAGGCGCGCAAGUGUCCGUGCAUACUGCUCAAGGUUCGCGAACCGUGAGUGGCGGGAGUGCUGUCCCUCAACGAGGCGAUGUUGGUGGUGGUACGGGGGAGUGGAGGGUAUUAGAAGUAGACAGCAGUGGGGGCGAGCCCUCUAGGACUGGACCUUAUGAGUCAAGACAUCUACAGCAUGAACAGCCGUCCCGGUCGGAGGCUCGCCUUGAACAGCCUCGGCAGAGGCAACAACCCAGUAAUCGUCACGUAAGUCGCGGACAAGCACUACGCUCCGAGGAAGGAAUUUGGCCAUAUCGAGAGCCAGCAUCGCCAGUGUCGCUCGCCGCCGCGCGCGAACUCCAAGCCUCCGUCCAAAGUGCUUUGGGUGGUGUCGCGAGCUCUCCUCAUCAUGCCGUCGCUCAGGCAGAGCAGUCGCGUCAUCAUCGUGAGAGUCAGCGACACCAACUACCAUCGCAGCAGCAGGACAACAGCAGUUACGAUGACUCUACCGAUACGCCUGCCCAGCCCUCUGGUCUCGGGCACGGCCAGGCGCAAUCCUCUUCUACAGAAGGGGAUAACAGGGGGCGAAGCGUCAAACGCAGUAUUCGGAACACAUUCACCGCAGCUGAGCAGUAUGCGAGCUCGCUGCUAUUUGGGAGAAACAGCCAGGAGGGUAGAGACGGGAGUAGGAGUGGUACACCCAGUGGGAGCGGGCCUCCCACUAAAUAA